GUGAAUUUCAUCGGCCAAACAUAAGAUUUGCAAUCGUAUCAUGUAUCCUGACUUUUUACGUAAUCAUACCGCAAUUGACGAAUAUGAUUCUUGCCUGGGGCAAUGUGGCUCGAAUGGGGGAAUACGUCGCCUCCGCGAACUUCAGCUUGAUGGCACUAUGCAAGUUAGUUGGUACUUGGUAUCACGGUGACACGCUUCGAACGGUGAUGGCAUCGGUCGUAACCGAUUGGACGACUUCGAAGACCGACUGGGAACGAAAUACAAUGUUAAAUAUCGCGAGACGUGGAAGAAACUUAUCUUUUACAUGUUACGUGUCCAGUGCAACCACAGUCACGUUUUACAUAUCUCUCAACAUCCUGAAGUUCUAUAACAAUUUGCACCUGUCUUAUCGGAAUCUCGUAUAUAAGUUUGCCUAUCCUUACAACAUUCAGAAGAGCCCGAAUUACGAAAUCACUUUUUACGUUCAACUUUCCGGCGGCACGUACGCGGCCCUCAUUAAUUGUACAGUCGACAGUUUCGUUUCGAUACUAGUGCUGCACAUAUGCGCGCAGUUGAUAAAUCUACGAACGACACUCUACAAUCUGGUUGACCAGCGAGCAAAAAGAUCUAUAUCCUCCUCGACAUUUAAGAAAGGCCUAGCCGCGAUUACUAUGCGUCACGAACAUCUCAUCAGGAAUGCGAAGGCAAUCGACAACUGCUAUAGCGCAGUUUUAUUUGUGCACUUGUUAUGCGCUACUUUUCAGCUGUGUUUUGAAAGCUUUCAAUAUUAUUUUCAGAUAAUACAAAGUCAUACGAAAGUACCUAUAAUUAAAAUGGCUUUUGUUUCAUUUUACUGCACCCUUGUAUUGACGCAUUUGUAUAUUUACUGUUACUCAGCUGAAAGACUUUUAAUAGAGAGCACCAGUAUGGCGUAUGGCAUAUACGAAUGUAAGUGGUACGAUAUGUCACCGGAAGAGGCUAGAAGUUUAAUGUUUAUGGCAUAUCGAGCUACCCUUCCGCUUAGACUGAUGGCUGGAAAAUUCGGAAAUUUUUCAUUAGAAAUGUUCGGAGCAACGGUGAAAACGUCAGUGGGAUACCUAUCUGUAUUAAUGACACUGAUGGACAAAGUAUAAUGCUGAAAUAAUAUUAAGUUAAAUGCGCGUACUUAAUUACUAUUUAUUUUCUACAUACUGUGUUA